AUGUGUUUUGUUGGCCCAGUGACAAGGAAAACUUCGAUCGAAAAGGAGCUAGUCGGACGGGGUGCAUAAAUGUGGAAGAAAAGUUUAAAAAAUUGUAAUGAUUGACGCGAAUUGCCCUUCGUUAUACUGCGUUCCCCCUGAUUGUUUCGGUUACGUCUACUGAAUAGUUUUACUCGUAGUCGAUGCUCGGAUUUCUCUAUUUAGCGUUAAUAAUAGGAUGGAUGCUGAUUGUUAUUAUCCUAAAGUGUAAGAAGGUCGUCGCGCCAUAUUUGAUGUAUACAUCAGAUAUGCACCUGCCUGAUAGGCGGCCUUCUGUGCAUAUAAUACAGCUUGAUAAUGAGACAACCUCUCAGACGGCAUACACUGUCGGGAACGAGGAAGUUGGAUCGUGUCCAGAAGUGCUCACAAAUUCUGGAUAUGAACACGAUAUGGACAUUAUAGUAAAUGCGCCACCGCCUUCCUACGAAGAGGUAAUGAGACAGCCUGGAAUAUAUCCCAAAGUGCAGGAUUUAAAAUAUAUAUAAAGCAAUUUGAGCGACGAUAUUAGUAUACAUCAUCAUAUGCACUAGAGCAUUCACCAAGCAAUGCCUUAACGAUUCCUCUCAUAGAAUUUCUGCUGUGGUUUCAACCGCAUUCGUGCAAUAAAGGAUGUGAUUACAUUUUUAAUAAUUGUUUAACAUAAGUUGUCUUUUUAAGGUUUUGU